AUGCGCAAUGUUUUUACGCGGCUACUUACGUUUAGACAUUUUAGUAUGGGUGAUAAAUUUACGUCAUUUAAGAAAAACAACACUUUAAUAGGGGCCGCCUUUCUGGGCGUCAUCAGCGCCGCCGGCAUGUUCCUCGUCGAGCACUACAGACAGGAGAAAGUCAGACACCGAAUGGCCAAAGAUCUGGCCCGCUUGGAUCAGGAACUGUCCCAAGUUCGCAAGGAACUCGACCAAGUCCUCAAGAAAUCGAGCGACAGGUCGCUGAAGGGGCGUAGAGCGAAAUCCUCCAUAAAGAAAGCCAAUUCCGCUGUAUCUUCAUCCACACUCGACGAAUACCUCAGCUCCACUAACCUCGAUAGCUCCGAUUUGGAAUUUUACGACCUCAGCGAUAACGAACUGGAAGCCGAUAAAUCUUCAAACCUCUCCGGGUUACUAGAUACAGUCGACCACAAGUUAGACAAAGACAACGCGGCGACGUUAGAAGAGGUGCUAAACAUGCUCACGGACUUGUGCUUGGAACACCCCCAGCACCCCGAGCUGCUGUGGAGGAUCGGAAAGGCUCACAAGAAAUUGGCCGACCACUCUCAAGACAAGGCCGUUAUCAGAGAACACGUUACGAAAGGCAUCGAAGCGUGCCAGUCCGCUUUGCAACUAAAAGACGACAGCCCGGACGUGCACAAAUGGUACGCCAUCCUGAUCGGUUUGAGGACGGAGUUCGUUUCUAUACAGGAGAAAAUCAACGAUGGUUUCCUGUUCAAGCAGCACGUGGAAAAGGCGUUGGCGCUGAGCCCCGCCGACGGCGUUUUGCACCACAUGCUGGGCAUGUUCGAUUACCAGAUAGCCGGCAUGCGGUGGUACGAACGAAAAGUGGCUGCGGCCCUGUUCAGCGAGCCGCCGAGUUCGACGUUCGAAGAGGCGCUCGGCCACUUCCUCGAAGCGGAAAAACUGACUGCGUACGGAUGGAAAACGAAUCGAUUGAUGGUAGCCAAGUGUUACGUGGCUAAAGGGGAGUAUAAGGAGGCGGUGGAAUGGCUGGUGAAGGCCUCGAGGGUCUCGCCCAAGGACGAAUCGGAACACAAGGAGGAUGUUGAAAUUAACGAGCUAUUGCGAAAAUACGACAGCUAUAGGUAG